AUGAAAGAUCAGGUUGGAUUAUAUAAUCAAGAAAUGGGUUCUCAAGAAACGAUAACAACUUCGGACGAGAAGGUUUCGGGAAACCAGGAUGGCCAUUCGGUUGCUAACCAAGAGAGGGUAAGCGAAGAAGAUAAAGAGUCUGAAAACUCCAAAGAGGACGAGCAAACAGGAAAGUGCGAAAGCAAAGGGGGAGAAGAGAAAAAGUUUGAGAAGCCGCCAUUUUCGUACAAUGCUUUAAUAAUGAUGGCUAUUCGUGGGUCACCGGAGAAAAGACUCACUCUGAGUGGUAUAUACGAUUUCAUUAUGAAGGUCAGUAUCCAACGUGCUGUCUUUAUUUCACUACUUAGUUUUUUUUUACUCUUUCAGCUUUUAAUAUGAGUAAUAUUAUGAGUACAAUUGACAGUUAGUCAGUUUAACUGUGGAUUUUAUGUAAGGUAUAUCUAACCCAAAGUGGGUUAAAACAAAACGAGCUUGUUACAUUUCAGCGUAAUCCAAAAAACCCACCGGAUAGAAAAUUUAUCCAAAUUAGGCACUGAUAAUAUUAUUUAUUUGUAACGUUUACCGCAAAGAACAACGUGUAAUCGGCUCAUCAAUAUCAUGACUAAUUUGCGAAUUGACAUCUGGCCUUUCGGACUAAUUUGAUUAUCAAUUUUUUGUCCUUUUUUUUUUUUUUGGCAGAAUUUUCCGUACUAUCGUAAUAACAAGCAAGGUUGGCAGAACUCUAUCAGACACAACCUCUCGCUCAACAAAUGUUUCGUGAAAAUUCCUCGCCACUACGACGAUCCUGGUAAAGGCAAUUACUGGAUGUUAGAUCCUAGUGCAGACGAUGUGGUCAUCGGUGGUACGACAGGGAAGCUUAAACGACGAAAUCCUCCAUCGUCCAGAAACCGUAUAGCGCUAAAACGGCAACAGAGAAUCUCUCCAAUUCCAAGGUAUACUUUGGACCCAUCUCAAGCUGGUUUCUGUUCAAGUUUCUGGCCCUAUCCACCAUCCAUAUUCUCAGCGUCUUUGUCUCCGCAUAUGAGAAGAAACGACCUACUGGGAAUGUCAUGUACAAUGAACUGUAACUCGUCCCUCCCUCAUCCAACGCCAGUUCUUCCACACCCAUCUCCUAGCGUCCGAUGCCUUUUUUCUUCAUCACCAGAGAUGAGCCUUUCAAGCCGCUGCCACGGGUUUGGCGUUCUACCACCGUCUUUCCCUCAAAGUGGCCAUUUCCCCGUCAGCCAUGCACGUCCUACAAUGGAACCACAGUGGCCGAGUUCAAGACCGUCUUCCCCAUUUUCAGCAGACAGGUUCAUGACAAAUAGUGACUCUGUUUUCCCGUCUGCGUUCAGCACAGUACCUAAAAUACCAUUUGGUUCUCCUGCAUUACGACCUACCUUCUCUUUCUUAAAAGAAAACGCUUCUCCCGCUUCGCGCACCACUUUCCUGUCCGAGUGCAAAUAA